AUGGAUGGAAAACGGCCUGUGCCACCGGACGAGAGAGGGAGUAACCAGGAUAUCCCUCCAAAAUCUGUGAUUUCUGAUUCAGAUAAUAAUUCUCCCGCCCAACCAGCCCCCGCGGGGAAGUCCCUUGCUGACCGGAUUCAAUUCUCUGCCUCCGGCCUCCUUCAAAACACCUUUCUCAACACCCGAUCACCCUCCUUGAGCGACAGCCUCGCAUCAGGCCUUUCUGGGAGCUUGGCCAAUUCCGGGAAACCUGGUUCUUCACAGGGUGGUCCGUUUGCCGGUCAACAAUCCAGUCAUGGCGUGAUAAACGAUUCACUGCGAUCCGCCGGCGGACGAAGCGCACCUUCAACCUCGGCCAUACACCCGAUCGGUGGCUCCAGUCUACGAUCUGAGUCGUUCCGGUCGAAUUUGACAUCUGCAACAACCGACCAGGAAAAUGCCGAUCUGCUAAGGUCAUUCGAAGGACAAUUGAAUCGGGAGGAGUUUUUAUUCUCACCAGAAGACAAUAUCGGAAAGGGCAAAGGCAAGCUUAUCGCCGAAGACACAAACCCACCACCUCUCCAGCACUUCCCGUCCUCAGUCGCUUUUGAGUCAGCUUGGUCUCAUCCCUCCCAGGCUAACCCAAAUUCCCACCCGGCAACCGAAACAACCGACGGCUCAGCCGUCCUCUCCCUCCUUUCAGAUCCAUCCUUCGACCCCUUAACCCCUUCCUCCGUCCCUCCAUCCCCAACCCUCGCCCCCAUCCCCGACUCCACAUUCAUAUCUCCUGCGUUGCGCACAGAACCGCUCCCGCCAGUCUCCCUUCUCCCCGAGAUCCAAUCUCUCCUCUCCCUCCCUCCAGAGGAACUUUCGUCCAUCCCCACAGUCUCCGAGUGGCUGGACCUCGACGUUUCAUAUACAGACGCCGUCUGGGGCGGUGCGCUGAAGACAUACACCGAAGAAGCUAGGAGGGAGGUUGAGGAGCGGAGGGAAAAAGGUGCAGACCCGGGUACUGGCGACGGCGGUGUGUAUGGAGGCCCGGCUGUGAGAAGGCUGGGGAUGAUCUUGGCGCAUCUGAGAGAGAAAAAGAGUCCUGUUGGAACUUGA